GCGUUAACUGUUCAGGACCAAAUGACGCAUAUUAUCAAUGGCGCACUUGGACCACGGCAUCAAUCAUAAUGCCGCGUUAGAAAGAGACAAGAGUGAGACGAGAUCGCGGUAUGGUUCAGAAUAGAAGUCGGACGUGAAAAGUGUAUUGGCUGUUAGAAACCAUUGGAGAGUCAGUAUGGAGGGUGACAAGAGUAUAGAGGGAGAUAAGAUUGAGCGACUGCGGGAGCGGAUUCUCCAGUGUCCAAUCUGCAUUGACGAGUUUCAGGACCCACGGAUCCUGCCCUGUCACCACUCUGUGUGUCUGAACUGUUUGUUGGACUAUGUCCGACAUUCCUCCUCCUCUGGUCGACUUUUCAGGUGUCCACAAUGCAGGAGUGACGUCUGUGUACCUAGAGGAGGGGUUAAAGACUUCCCACCCAAUUUCUACAUCAACUGUAUCCAGGACGAGAUCGGAGCACGGCCGUAUUUCGGUGUGUGUGAUGUAUGUCGUCGAGACUGGCUAGUUUCACAGUACCGCUGCAUCAACUGUGACCUUGAUAUAUGUAAAUUUUGUAUCCACGACCACCGUCUGUUCAGUCAUGCAAUACAGGAGGAGGCAAACAUCAUGAAGAUCGAGACGGGUAACAUUGGUACGGUGCUGUCAUCACAGCGCACCUGUACCACACACGAGGGAGAAGCACUUCAUAUGUUUUGUGGGACAUGUGACACCUUGGUGUGUAUGACUUGUGUGUGCGAGGAGCACAAGACACACAUUACCCAGCCUCUUGGACGUAAACUAAGCCUGGCCCAGGGAGAGCUUCAAACAGAGCUUGAUCAGGUAGGAUUAGAUCUGACUCAAGUCGACAGGGUCAUGGGGGAAGUGACGGACCUCCGGACCAAAAUCCUGCAGAACCAGGAUGCAUGUGUGAGGACUUUGCGUGCUCAGGCACGGGCCCUCACUCUGGAGAUUGAUGCCCAGGCAGAUGACCUAAUUAGCCAUAUCACAGAUGAUGGUAGUGUUGCAGAGCUAGAACGCUACUCCACUCAAUUAUCUAGCUAUAGAGACCAACUCCAGCGUGGCACUCAUUUCCUGGAAAACCUGGAAGAGGGUGACAUCAGUCUGGAGCUCAUAGAUACAUACCGUCGGUAUCAGAGUAGUAUGUCCGAGUGUCGGAAGGGUCUGGCUGGUCAAACCCUCAAACACCACCACCCUUCCUUCUUACCUGGAAAGCUCCACAAAGCUGGGCAAUACAGAUUAUUUCACUUUGGACGUCUAAAAAAUGAGUGUGAGCAGACCACAUUUCUUCCUCUUCCAACAAGGAAGGGGUGUUGGGGACGUAUGUUGGAUGUUAUCCGUGGUGGACGAGUACGCAUUACUGUUACAGGGUGCUGUAGAGCGCUGGUCGCUGUUAUGACACUUGUGAUGGUGAUCACACUAUUUGAUCUGUCAUUUAAACUCUACUCAUCCCCAGGCACCUUUACGCAGACAUUAAUAGGUUUGACUUUCGUCCUGUAUGUCAGUGUAGCUGCAGCAUGUGCCUACGUCAAAGCAUGACCAGCCUACCUGUAAACUACAAACUGUGUGAGAAUGCUCGAAAAGGCUGACGUUGGAUGAAGGAAGAGUGUACAUGUGUAGGCUAAUCAUAUCCAUGAAGUCACAGGGGUUUGACACGUUCCUACAGAGCUUUUUCUCACUGGUUUAGGAUGGGACCUUUUUGUCUCAUUUUGGGAAGAAAAUUGAUGAAUUGGGAAAGACUUUUUCAGGAGUAAAGGGAAAAUUUGGCUUAAAUCUGAGAUAAUUUCUAUUGGGAAUGGGGCCCAUUAACGGCCCCAAAAAACCUCCAGAAAAAGCCCUGUCCUAUGACCCAGAAUGAAGAUUUAAUCCUAUGGUCUGAUCCCUAGAUCACUUAUUAUUGAAAAUUUAAUCCUAGGGUCCGAUCACUUAUCACUUAUUGAUGAAAAUUUAAUCCUAGGGUCCGAACACUUGAUCAUUGAUUUGGUUUAAUUGGUCUAGGUUUAAUUUUUCAUUCUGGGAACAUGUCAAGACCCUGCACAUUAAGUGCAUGGCCUUUGUGUCCAAAUAAUAAAGAACAUGGCACUAAGAAUAUUACAGCAAUGUCUUCAUAUCAUACUGUUGCUUUCAGUUUCGAAAUGUUUAGGUCGCAGAAGUGCUAUGAAAUCUGUAUGACAUCUUUUAAACUUUGGUUGUAAUGAUACAUUUACUGUUUGAGUGGUACUAUACAUUUGAUGAAUGCUAUUGAUACUGUAUCUAACUUUUAAUCUAUAAGGUUGUUAUUGAUAAAUGUUUAACAUGUAUAGUCAUAUAUAGGGAAAUACAUUUUCGUGAUAGCACUUUCAAAAUUUUUGAAAGCAACAUUAAACAUGUAAAUAUGAAAAAUGAAUAUGCAAUGCAAGUCUUCCAGCAGAUCUGAGUCCAUGUGCUACAUGCAUUUAAAUGUGAUAUUAAUUUUACGGUGUUAUUUUACCAUGUAUUAGUAUGUAAUAUGUAUUUACCCAUGCAUGUCUAUUUUACAAGUGUGCAUAACUGUUUUACUCAUUCAUAUAUUCUGACAAUUUUUUUCUUUCACAUAGCCCAGGUUUCUAAUUGUGGCUUCAUAUAUAUAUCAUUGCUAUAUUAAAUUGUAUAUUUUAUGUAACCAAUAUAGAUCUCUGUACCCUGUAACAAACAGGAAAGCACUAGUCAAGAUAGUGAUGGGACAUGAUAUGUCAAUUAUAGUUACUUUAGUUUAAUAACAUCAACUAAUUUGAUAAUUUAUUUAUCAUAAAAUUGCUAAUUGUUGACAUUUCAGUCAUAAAUUAUGCAAAUUCUGAUUUUUGCAUUUUCAUUUAAUUUGAAUAUAGCAUAAAUUAUAUACUGAACUGAGAUAAAUCUGAAUUUUCUAGGAUUUCAAGACAGCCAGUUAUUGGUAUAGACUUUAGUAUAUCACAACCAUGCAGUAUUGGAGUUUUAAGUAAACAGAAAAAUGUUUCAUAGUUAGUUAGCCUAUUAUGCCAAUCGAAAGUCCUUUAUAACCAAUUAUGUAAUAUGGAUUAACUGAAUUUGAAAGCCUUUUUAACCAAUCAGGUAAUUGACUAACUACACCGGAAGACCUUUUAACGAAGCCAAUAGAUCAGUUAACUGCAUUGGAAGGUUUUUUUAGCCAAUUAUUCAAUCGACUUACUACGUACUGUAACAUCAGAAAGCCUCUUUGGAAAAUUAUAUUAUCAAUUAACUAUGUCGGAAGGCUGUUUCAUUUUUUCAACAGUGUCCAAGGUUAUCACUGUCAUUAUAUUAAACAACUUUUAUGUAAAGAGACCAAAGAAUAUUUAAAAUGGACCAAUUAUCUUAUAUUUAAAAAAAAGUUGAGUGAUAUAUGCAGACUCAUUGGGCCUCUUGUCUUAUAUUUAAAAGAAAAGUUGAGUGAUGCAGACCCAUUGGGCCUCUUGUCUUAUAUUUAAAGAAAAGUUGAGUGAUGCAGACCCACUUGGCUUCUUGCAAUUUUCUUAUAUAUAAAGAAAACUUGGAAUGCCAAAUACACAGCAUUUAAUUUUGAAUGGUGCCUAUGUGAAGCUAGUAAAACCGGUAUGCUGAUCAAGUUUAGUGUUUUUAGACAGACUACCAGUAUAUUGACCUUUUUAUUAUGUUAUGUUAUAUUAUCAAGUACAGAAUAUACACCUUAAGGGCUAUUCCCGAAAAAUUUAUAUGUUAUGGGAGGACUCCAGAUAAAGAAAUUCUACGCACGGUAGGUGCUGGAGACAAUGUGGCUUGUUAAAAUGUACUACAUAUUUUGAAUUAAAUUGCUUGCUUUAGUGGUCCUUGUUGAUAAACCCAGAGUCCUCCCUUUUAGAUAUUUCACUGGAAUAUUGAUAGUGAGUACCAAUUGCAAGCAAGAUAGAUUCCAGCUUGUCUGCCACAUGACAAUCUGUAGGUAGCAUAUAUAGGACUUAUCCUUGUACAUACUGGUUCACAAUACUUCUAUACUAGAUAGAAAGGUUUGUCAAAGUCAUAUUUAUAUAAUUAUUGUACCUUUAAUUGAGCAAAAUAUAUUUUUGUCCUGGAAUAUUUUUUUAGAUGAUGAAAAUGUUUCUUUACAUUUGAGAUAUGAUGCAAAAGGAUACAGGGUACACUGUACAUUGUAUAUGUGUUAAGCAGUUAUUUAGUUAUAAUUUUCCUGUGCAAAUCAGAGAAUUUCAAAUGAACUAGCCAAGUAUAAUGAUAUCUUCAGUAUCUUUUAACACUGAACAAUCUUUCCUUUUUCUUUCCUUGUUUUAAGGAGAAAAAAAUGAAUGUCACAAGGGGCAUACAAAUGUUUAUAGUUUUACACUUAAAAUACAUGUAAUAAUUGUGCUUUACCCAGGUAAUUAAUUAAAUAACUGCACACAUUUCUUUGACCUAUAAUUAUCCAACUUAACAUUGUAAUCUAUGAUAUAAAUCCUAGUUGAAACCAGAGGCUGGCUUACUGUGAUAUUUGAAUAUUUUUGGUAGAGAAUUAGUAUAUCUUUUAGGAGACCAAAUGCAUUUAGAUUAAAUAUGCAAAUCAUACAGCUGACGAA